UGCUAUCUGAAACGCACUGCCUCGAGAACAAGAGUGAGUGGCCAGAGAACAGAUUCGGUUCUGUUAGGCUUCGUUUUCAUCAGCGCUUUGUACAACGAGCUCAAUGCUAAAAAAGAAGACAGUGCUCAUUUAGGCAAAAAUAAAUUUAAAGAAUCAUCAGUGCGCCACAUGAAGAAUAUCAUCGGAUUCGAAAUGGGUGUUGUUGGGUUUGUAGGAAUCGUUUCAUUUUUAUUUCUAGAAAGAGUUAUAGCUGAUGAAGGCUUUGUUAAUGUCGGCCAAAAACCUAUUGAAGUGAAAGGGGCAAAAAAUGAAUCUGAAAUGAUAUUAGCGAUUGUUUCCACGUGGCGUGGACAUUCUGAUUCCUGGGCAAACUCGUGGCUUCGGUACCACAUUGGCAUCGGAUUCUCUCGGUUUUAUUUGUUUUUCGAUGACCCUGUGGCAGACAAGGAUUUGAUCAAGAGUCUGAGCACAACAUCUGAGUACAAGCCUUUCCUCACUAUUAUCAAAGUCGAUAAUGCCUAUCGGAAACGGUUUUGGACCCCGGACGAGAGUAAGAAGUCCAAAGAUCCGGAACAAUUACUUUUACCAAGGCUUGGGGUUUAUUUAAAAACAGAUCACACAUCUCGUCAGCAGCUCAAUGUUGCCCGCGCGGGCGUGAUGGCAAAAGCGGACGGCGUCAACUGGCUUUUGCACAUGGAUGCGGAUGAAUUAUUUUGGAUCGAGCGGCUCAAAUCUGGCAUAGCGCGGUCGUUUUUCAAACAAUUGCAUAACCGCAAAAUAACACAUUUGACGCUGAUAAACGACGAAAUGAUUCCGUUAACGGCUGAGUUGGAUUUCAAAAAUAGGAAGAAGGACCCCUUUCACCAAAGAAUGCAUUUUAAGAGAAACGUAAUGGCGUUGGAUAAGCCUGAAGAUAAUGAACUUGUGCAACAUUACGAGAGGUCCAAAGGCGCGGCAUUCUUCUUAGGUUAUAUGUGUGGAAAGGGAGGUAUAAAUGUUGAAUUGUGGAAGCGAAUUAUGGGAGAAGGUAUUCCUGUAAUACCAGAAAAUCUUUGCUCGUUCGCACUGAGUUCUUGGCAACCAGAUAAUGUAACGCUGAUAAACAAAGAUCCUGGUAAGCGCCAACGGUGUAUUUCUUCAGAAAAGGUGAAAAUAUUUGUUUCAACUACAGUCGCUCGUGUUCUUCAUUACGUUAAUCCGUAUUUUGCUGCACUGAAAAAGAAGUUUGGUCAGUUAAAAAAAUUCAAUGGGCAUAUUUACGACAUUGCCUACGUCGCUGAAAGUCAGAAAAAGGAAUUUGAAAAAUGGGAAGAAUAUUGGGCUCAACCCGUGCCCAUGCCUAGUGGUGUGUUUUACAUGGAGAUGUGGUCAAGUGUUCAGAGGACUCUGCAAACGAAAAACGACAAGUAUUCCCUCGACUUUUAUAUCCGUGCUGCGAUGGCUCCACAAAAGAAAGAGUUGCAAAAGUAUUUGAAGAAAGGUGUCAUUUACAAAAAUAAAGACGCUUAUCAGUUCUUGAAGGAACUUGAUAAACUGACAAGUAAACAAAGGAAAGAUAAGGACGAGUUAUUUUUGGAGAUUUCAGCCGGUAUUAAAUUUGUGGAUGGAGGCAGUGGCAAAAGAAAGGAGAACAGGACGUAUGCUGUUCAUGAAUGUAAAGAGAAAGGACCUCAUUUUUUCUGUGAUAUCGAUGACUGCUGUGGGUUUAUCAGCAAAAGUCAGUUCGAGUUAUACGAAAGUCUUCUCAGCUGCCAAAGAUAUGAAAAAUGCAAUAGUGGGAGCCGGGCAUUCGCCGGCAACAAUCAUAAUUGCAUGAAAGAAGGCUGAUGGAAAACGAGACUGUCGGGAAACGAGGCCGUUGGAAGACUGAACUGAUGGAAUCAAGACUUCGUUCUUAAAGACAUUUUAUGAUCUUCUUCUUGCUUUUCAUUUAUAAUUUUGAUUGAUAAUCUUUGUUUUUCAAUGGUUUUACAAUUUAGAUAAUCCUUGAUUUUUUAUUUUACUUUAUAUUAAUCCCACACUUACCUAAUACUUGCUCUCUGAUUCAUACUAUAUUGUUUAUAACUAAGUUAUGAAAGCUUUGUAUUUUGUUAUUUUCUCUAUAUUUUGGAUGUUUUGAUAAAAUGAAAAGCUGUAUGAUGCUAAUUGGUGAUGCUAGUCCAGCAUCCAUUAUUGUCAAAGUUUAAGUUGGUUGGUUUUUUAAGGUUCUCCCCAGAAUAGCUGCCUCAGGCAGAUGUACUUUCGAAAUAUGAAAGGAAUACGAAAUGUACGCUCGUAUGAAAGGAAUUGUUGUACUAUGUCAACUUUUAAUUGUAAGGAAUUCGCAACAAGUCUCAGACAUUGGUUUGCUAAUUUUUAUUUUUCUUCUCAAUUUCUACCAAAUUUCUUUUUACAAAAUCAAUACGUAUUACACAAAAUGUUUGAAUGAUUCAAUAUACUUUAAAUGUCAAUUUUAAAUUCUAGAACAAUUAUUUGAAACUAUUAAAACUAUCAAAAAGUAAACAUGGCACUCUUAUUAACCAAAUCUCAAAGAUCUUUGGUGAACUUUGAGCUUAUUUCGAUCAUAUCUGCUGGAUUUUACUUAUUUAUGGUUCAUAAAGGCAGAUCAGGGAAUUUUUGGCAGUUAAUUAUAUACAAGGAUGGAAAGUUUAAUUGUUUACUCCUGUUAAUGAUAUAUUUUUUCCGGGAACAUUGAAGCUGCUCCUUCUUCUUCGUGACUUAUAAUUCUUCGCCUUCAAUAAUGCUUCGCCUACAAGAAUGCAAAUCCUCCUGACGAACAAAAGACUGCUUAUGUUUAGUGAUCUUAAUGUUCACAUCAUCGAGGAAAUCAGAGGGUAAUUUUGCUGUUAAAAUUUUCAUUGCAGCGAAUUAUUCAGCUCAUGGAAAUCUACCUUAUAGACAUUUUUUAUUUUCUAAAAAAUUUCCUUAUCCUGCCAUCUCAUCUAAUGUUCCACGUCAUCUUCGUUUUCCUAUGUAAUCUUAUUUGCUUUUAUCUUCCCUCCGAUUCUUCUAUUUCAUAGUCGUCAGAUAAAGAAUGUUUUCUAGUCAUUUCUUUUUUCCCAAUUCAAGGCAACCAUUUAUUCCAUCGUUCUGUAGCCAAUUUUUUCAUCUAUAAUAUGCUGUAUCACCUUAGACUUCUUUUCUUAUCUUUCUAGUUUUGACUUUUCUUCUAUAAUCUUCUUCGUCAAUAUAUAUUUAUAUUUAUUUUCAAAAUUAUUGUCAUCAUUCUUCAUUAUACUCGUGAAUUUUGUCCUUCGGCUAUAGUUCUUAAUCGUCCCCGCUUUCUUCAAUAUCUUCUCUGUGUAUUGUUGGCUCCAUAUGACCUUCACUGUCGUAAUCAGGAGCUUCGACGUCAUGAUUGCUGAUUUCAGUCACUCGAUCGACUCCUCGUUGUACUAAAAAUACAAGAGAGAAAUUACAUUUCCUUUUACUCAUAAAUAUACCAAAAUCCCUUUGUACAUGUCUUAAGAAAUGAAAAAAGAACAGAGAUUAGAUUCUUCAGAAAUUUCUAUCCGUAAUGUUUAUCUUUGAUUUGCUUUCAUUCAUUCAUACGAUAUUUUGCAAUACGACAUGUUUUUGUCAUGAUCACAUAAAAAAUAAUGUGAAUUUUUGGUUCUACGUAUGGUGAAGAACAGGAGCAAGAAUACCCAAAACAACCUGCUAGAAUUUUUCUUUAAAAUAGGGAAGCUUCAUUGAAUGACCAAAACUUUUGUUAUUAAAAUUUAAAUAAUAAGAAAAUGGCAUAUUGAUGCGAAAAAAGAUAGUUGAAGGUAGCAUCAGGAAGUUGAGUAGUCAUCUCACUCACCUUUUUCUUCAAUGCUUCUGCCUACAUCUUCAACGUCAAGUAUUCCUUCGUUUAUUUCAUGUUCCAUAUCUUCACCAUUCUUUUGCGUCAAAUAGCUUAAUCUUGCCACACCGUGUCCGUUUCUUGGAACCUUCUCUACUCUGACGUCAUCAUCGUCGUCAUCGUCUUCGUCCUCAUUCUCAUGCCGUCUUUCUCGUUUUUUCUUGUUUAUUUUGUUGACUUUGUGUGCCUUUUUUGCUGUUUUCCUUUUAAACUGUGUUUUCUUUUUUGCUUUUUCUAUUGUGUGUUCUGCAAAAUUUUGGAAGAAAAAAAUAUAUACUAGGCUAAGUAGCAUAAUUCUUAAUUCGACUCAAAAUGUCAAAAGAUAAUCCAUUUUUAUUAUGUACAUAAGAUAAUGCAAGUUAGCCUUUCAUUGUAAUAUUUCAUUAUAACACCUUGCACUUUUGCCAAACUAAGGUUGAAAAUAGAUAAAGAUUGCUGCAACUUGACGAAAGGAGAGAACUGAGAUUUGUGAUUCGUGAACUGAUUCGUGAAGCUCAAAAUUAAAAUUCCCGAAAGAAGUAACUAAGAAAUCAGCUUACUUUUGUCCCCAUGUAAGUUGUUUUCAUGGUCGUUUCCAUUAUGGCCUUCAUGAUAAUCAUCCUCCUGGUACUCGUCGUCGCCAUGGUCACCAUGUUCGUCAUUGUCCUCGUGGUCAUCUUCAUGGUGUGUCUCGUGGUGGUAUGGGUGUGCGUGCAUCUCAACCUCAUAGUGCACAUCAGGUUGAUCAUGGAUUCCUGGGCCGUUAAGCAUGUGAUGCAUGUCGUCAUACACUGAUGACGUAGAGAUUGGCCCUUCCAGUGCGACGUCUGGUGUGUGAUGAUGGUAGUUGAAUGGGUGGCCUCGUAGAAGCGUAUCCACAUCAAGGUGAUCGUGUACAUGCCUAUCUGGAUAAUGGGGCAUGGGGGCCGUAUCCACAUUCAAGGGUUCCACGUACCCAUGUUCGUCAUGAUGGUGGUUGGUUCGAAUUGGCAUCGUGUGACCAUGGUAGCCACGGGAGCCACCAAAGUAGCCACGGUGAUCAUCUCCAUGGUGAUCAUCAUCAUGUACAAGAUGAUGCACGUGGUGAUGCACAUGGUGCAUCGAAUGUGGCAUUUGUAGCGGGAAAUGAGAGCCAAUCAUUGGCAAAUGAUGAUAGCCCCCGUGAUGGUAGUCGUCGUCUUCAUCGUCAUCAUCAUUGUCGUCGUCAUCAUCGUCAUGGUGAUUAUAUCGCAAAUGCGCCCGUUCUGACAGCAUCCCAACUGGAUGACUAGUGCCGAUGACGUCAACACCAUGUGGCGAUAAGUGCCUUUCAGAACCAGUUGACUCUCCAUCAGCUUCUCCUGUCUUUUCUUGUGUCUCUGCAAAACCAAUUCCCGCAUACGGAUCAGACUUUGACCGUGUUUGACCCAUUUCCUUUAUAGCUUUAGGAACAACCGGAAGAUUCAAGUCACCGCCAACUUUUUCUGUUUUUUCUUGCUUCACUGCAUGCAACGCGUCAUCGAGCAAUGUUAUCAAUGCACGCCCGACGCAGUUCGAAUCUAGACAUUUCUUUUUUGACGAUUUUUCUUUCUCUUUUUUUUUCUUCUUCUCCAUUUGAAAUAUCGUUGCGUUAAUCAUUUUGAUUUUAUCAAGCAUUUUGUGCACCUGGUCGUUCGUAAAUAUAUUUCCGUUGACGUCACUUUUGUCAUCUGCCUCUUUCUUCGAAACUGUAUUUUUCAAACUCUCGAUAUCUGCAGUGUCGUCAUCAGCAGUGGAGACUGGCGUGCUUCCUUUUGCUUCACCCUUACUUUCUAAUAAUUCAAUUAUUGAUUUAAAACUUGGUUCCUUUUCAUUUUGCUCAUCCAAAUGGUUACUUUCAUCUUCUUUGUUCUUAGUGUUCAAGAAUUUGCUUAAUAUAUCCUUUAAAUCUGAAGUAUCUUUUUCUAAACCAUGUUGAUUUGCUUUCUUUUCUUCUUCGUCUUUAGUAAAUUCAAGUUUGUCAGAACCUUUUCCUUUGUUCUGACUUUCUUUGUCAUCUAGCGAUAGCUGUUUUAUAUGGUCAAAGAAUUUUGCUAGAUUAUGCGAAUUCAGUUCACCAUUUUUUAUUUUGUCGUUUAUAUAAUAAUAAAGCAUUAGCUUUUUGAGUUUACCUCGGUUCACGGGAAUAAUAACUCUCCUUUUCGUUGCAUUCUUAUUAACAUACUUUAAACCGUGAUUCUUAAAUUUCCGCACUUUAUCCUGCAGCCGAACUUUGACCUUUUCAUGUGACCUUUGAUUUCUGGCCGUCCGCUGUUGAACUUUGCUACGCGACUGUUUCCUUUUAUCAUUUCGUAUAAGAUUUCUUCUACUCUUUUCCAUUUCAUUGCCAAUCGCUUCAACUUUCUUUCCUUCAAACAUAAAUCAAAUCCCUCAUAAGCAAUUAAAAAAUAAAUAAGGACAUCACAUCAACUUGAAUCUACCCAUCUAAACGAAUUCAUCUUGAUGAUGAUAUCAUUGGGGUCAUUUCAUAAUGCAAAGUUCUCGUCGACCUUCAUGCGUGAAAAUUGAUCAGAAGUGCAAAUUGAUCUUACCUUGAAUUUCUACAAGAUCUUCCAGUUUUUGUCUCAGAUUUUCUUGCCUUUCAAAUGUUCUUCUAUCAGGAGCGGUUUCUUCUUUUUCUUUCUUGUUGUUUCCAAUUUCUUCGUGUUUGGCUCCUUUUUCAACUUCUUUGGUCAACUUGUCCCCAGAUUCUUUUUCUGUUGACUGCAUGAACCUCUCUAUCAUUUGGCCUGGUUGAAUGAAAGUGAAGAAAUAACAGAUAUAGUGACAACAUCUUGGACCUAUGUCAAACUGAUUUGAUUAUAGUGACAGUGUUUUGUUUUAUAAAAUGUAAUCUUAUCUGAUGUCAAUGAUCUCAAAUUUUUGAUUUUGAGCUGGGUUUUUUAAUUUUUUUUCUGGGUUUUUUAAAUGCGAUAUAUAAGAUGCAAAUUCGAGCUUGUUGCAACUUGGCUCUAAAUGUCAUUCAUUACCUUUUAGCUCGGUCUCUUUUUCCAUUUCUUCAGCUAAAUCGUCGACCUUUUUUCCGGCCACCAUUAUUCGUUUCUCUGCAUCUGGCGAAUCAAUUUUUUCACCUGCCUUCUCGAUCUCAUCCUCCAUGUUUUCAGUCGAAUGCUCAAUCAUUGAGCUAACUUUGUCUAUUGACUGCCCCUCUUCUUCAAUCUUUUUACCAAGAUCAUCAUUAUCAUUGUCUGCAAUAUUUAAUUGAAUUCAAUCUACUAUUGUGAACGUUUUUUACAGGCAGCAUAAGACUUAACCUCUCUUAUAGAAAAUGCUCAGUUAACAUCACUUAUUAUUAUUUAUAAAACAUUUUGAAGCUAAGAAAUUAUCGCAUCGGUGUUGGAAUAAAUUUUCGAAGUUACACAUGAUGUAUGUAUGAUAUGAAGAUAAUGACAUAAAAGAAAGGUAUUAAAUUAACAAGCUGUAAUGGAUAAGGCAAGGAAAAUACAUGUCACUCUGCGUUGCAGUGUACAGUCAAAUUUAUUACAAAGGUUUCAUAGAAUAUUUUGUUAUUUAAUUUAAAUUUAUUUCAUUACAUGGGAUUCUCGUCGUUGUGUUGCUUUGUUCCUGAAUAUCUUUCGCUUGAAUACUCAUUGCAAGAUUCACAGAAUCCGGUGGACAGCCUAUCCCACAGUUCUUCCUUUUUACACGUCUUAUGCAGUGUUUAGAGUUUGAUUGGCCUAUGAAAGCCCAUCGGGGCUGCCCUUGUAAUUUUAUUUGGUAACUAUAGCACAGAUGAUGAUUUUAUUAUUCUUCUUUCUUCAUAGCUCUAAUGGUUUUCUACUGCUAUAUGAUUACGAGAACAUUUAAAUAAAUACUUUUAUGCUCGAAUCUAAACAUAUUUCAAACAAGACUUUGAUACCUGUUGCCUUGCAGAAUCCUCUUGAAAACCAUGCAACGAGCAACAAGACUAGAAUAGAUUGUCGCCAUUUUCUUUUUCUCAGCAACAUUUUCCCCAAAUGUAAGUCAGCCAGCUAAGCCAUGCCACAAUCGCAUAAUGUUAUCAAUUUUUAUCUUCGUAUUUACUUUUGAAAGAGUCCAUGUUUUUCUUUCGUCAGGAAAGUAGCAAGAACAAUUUUUGCAGGUGGUCGUGUAUUGAUAGGCUCUUCGGGUCAUUGGUCUCGGUUUAAUUCAUCUUAGGUUAUAAAUAACAAAUUAUAUUUUACAAGUAAGCUACCCUGGCACAUCUAAUUAUGUUCUUUCUCUUUCUAUUUUCAAUCUAUAUUGUGCACAAAUUGGCUAUACAUGUAAAGAGUCAAGAUGGCUACUUUCAAAUUUUAAUUUUGGUCCUUAUAUCAUCCUCUGUUUCAAUCAGCUCCAUUUUCUCCAUUCUUUUUUCAAUUGAGUUUCUUUCAACUUUCUUAAACGCUCAUGAUGUUAUUUCACUAAACUUCCAAUAAGCAGUUGUACUUAAACAUAUAUAUGAAAGCUAACAUUAAAUGAAAUAUCAAAUAUGCUUCCAAUUGCAUUUUCAAAAUAUCUUAUUUUUCAGAAUCUUUACGUUCAACCGUUUAUUUGUAUGUAAAGGGUAUGCGUUUUAUUUGAAAGUACAUUUUAAAGCUAUAGGUGUCGCUUGUUUGCUAUCGAUGCAGCCUUUUGUCUGAUUGGCCCCUCUUGACGAUCACUGAUUUUGUCUUCGUGCCUGUGAUUCACGAUAGAGUUUUAUUUAUGUGUGUGCUGCCUACGCAAAGCAUGACAAAGGAAACAUCAAUGCUAGUGGAUAGCUGAAUCUGAAACUCUUUUUCGUUUCAUCAUCUACAUCAGACAGAUGACAUCUUGACUUUUUGGAGCUGAAACAAGCCACAGAGACAACACUUCACUAUAAUUACACUGUUUAAACGAAAAAGAGGACCAGGGUUGCCAUUAGCCGAAGAUUGGGAGGCCAACGUAAAGUACAGCAUGCAAUUCAACAAUUCAAGUAAAUUUUUCAAUUCAAACUAUUAUUGUUUUAUACGCAUAGAGAGGAUGCAGAGCAGCAUUCUUAAUAUACUUACUACAACCAGGGAUGCAAAGUAACCAAACAAAGUCUGGGCUCUAGUUUGAUAAUGACAAUACUACAGUUAAAUAUUACAACAUACCAAUUGCGUAACAAUAUGCAUAGCUAUUGGAUAAGAUCACAUAAAUAAUCACAUAUUAAAAGUCAAAUAAAAAUAAUUGCUUCUACGAAUAACUCAUUAUUUUGAUUGGUUAUUAACAAUAAAAUAUCAAGAAUCACAAACCAUUAUUACUCUUAUCUCAUAUUCUUGGAGAUGGUAAUCUAAUGUUCAUUUUUGUUAAACUAGUCUUCUCGAUAUAUCUGAAUAGUCAUAUGAAUAACAGCAGUGCAAUAACUUUCUAGUAAGUAAUAGGAGGAAUGAUAUUGGAAAAAGCGAAUCGGUGAUUUGAAAUGCUCGAUCGCUGAUUCCCACGCAGUUCCUGGUUGAUUAGUAUAUCACACUUGGUGAUAAGUGACCAAACAAUCAGUGAUAAGGAAUUAGGCCAAGAUAAGGAAUUAGGCCAAGAAAUCGAGUAUAUACCAUUUUGAACAGCGAUUCUAAACUUUGUCAUGAGCUCAUUCUAAGAAGCUUCAGCAACUGUACCGCAAGACCGAACGAUACUUUUUUCAUUACGUUUUGACGAACGAUACUUUCAGCACCCCUUUAGCCCCCGCAAAACCCCCCUAUCUCUUCCCAAUGUGCCACCCGUGGCGCUCCUUCUUAUUUCAUCCUUUCAAAACAAUUAAUUUAAACGUGUUUUGGAUUCGUCUACAUAUAUAGGAACCUAAAUCAAUCAUGUCAAAUAUACAAAGUUUACAUUCAAAGCUACUUCAAAACGUGUCAGUGUUCUAGUCAAUUAACUAUCUGUCAUUAGUUCCCUCUUUAAAUCUUCAUAGAUCUCCUGAUCGCAGACGACUUCACUUAUUCCACAGUUGCAACGUCA